AUGAGCACCAACAUGGUUGGAGACAGCGCUCAAAGCCUCAUCGUCCUCGAUGUUGGGCUUGGCAGGUCGGUGGCGGGAAAAUCCAGUAAGGAGGUUUUUUCCGGUGGCGCUAUCCUCGCGGUAAGCCCUGACGGUACACAUGUCAAGACGAUCCUCGAGGAUGCGAAUCUUGUAUCACUGCCGGAUGGUGUCGUCUAUAACAAGCACGAUGGACGUCUAUACUACACGAACAUGGGAGUUCCUCCGCUCAACGACGGGAGUGUGUGCUCCGUCGGCCUCGAUGGCUCAGCACCUCGCACCGUUUUAGCCAAAAGCCAGGUUCACACACCGAAGCAGCUGGCUCUCGACGCGGAGAGCGGCAAACUGUAUAUAUCCGAUCGAGAAGGAAUGCGGGUCGUCCGAUGUAACCUCGACGGGUCUCAUCUCGAGACAUUAGUUCAAAACGGCAACAUGAGCAAUCCUGACGAGAGACAAGACGCAACUAAGUGGUGCGUAGGAAUGGCUUUAUCGAAGAAACACGGCCUUUUCUACUGGACACAGAAGGGACCCCCGAAGAGUGGGAAGGGUGCGAUCUACUGCGCCCCAAUGACAGGCACUGGGCUGCGAGUCCCUACAUGCGUCCUAGACAAUUUACCGGAGCCUAUCGACGUGGAAGUUGACGAUGAUUCGAAUACGCUCUUUUGGACCGACCGAGGCGAGAUUCCUUACGGCAACACAUUCAAUAAAUUGAACCUGAGUGGCUCGGGAACUGCCCCAGCGACCGCGAAGGUAGAUGACAUUACUGGUUUGAGGUAUGAGAUCUUGGCGCAGCACUUUGACGAAGCCAUCGGCUUGGCUGGAGACCGGAAGAAUGGGCGAUGGUUUGUCUCAGAUAUGGGAGGCAAUAUCUGGAUGUUCGAUAAGGAAGGCGGACAGAAGACGAAGAUCUUGGAGGAUCAGAACCGAGCCUUCACUGGCAUUGCGUUGGUGUAG